AUGUUGACUUCAUUGCCAUCGAUGUCACAAUCGCAAUCAAAUGACAGAACUCUUUACAAGUUUCAAGAACUUACAGGAUUAAACCUCGAAGAUUGUAUUUAUUUCCUCACAGAAUAUAAUUGGAAUUUACAACGCAUCCUGGAAGAUUACUACAAUGGUAAAGAGUUCAAGGGAAAAUUCUCGAAUGCAAAGCAUGAUAAAAACACCGCAACAGCAAAUACAGGAAACAAUUUAGGUAAUCACUAUACAAAGAGUAAUCAAAGCUCUCAAGAAUUUGAUGACGACCGUUAUUAUGCAUUUCUCUUACAAAAGUAUGGCGAUGGAGAUGACUCAGCAAGAAGAAACCGGAGAGAACAUCAACAUCAGCAGCAACGAUUAGAGCCUAAAGAUAAAAUUCCGGUCGAUAAUCAAUCAAGUUUCCAGGCAAUCUAUCACGAAAAACAAGAGUUUCGUCGUUGUGGCAUUCAUUCGUUGAAUAACCUAUUUCAAAUUCCUCAUUUAUUCACUUAUGAACAUCUCGAAACAAUCAUUCGAGAAUUUAACAAGAAUUCUAAUCAUGAUUACAGCCAAUUUUGGAUAGGCGAUUAUGAUUUACGUGUUUUAAUCGAAGCUAUUAAACGUUGUGGAUUUAACGUUCGACAGAUUAAUUUCUACAAUGGUGAGUCAUUGCAAGAUCUUCCAUGGGAUUCAUAUUUUGGUUUAUUAAUUAAUAUCAAUGGGAACCAUUGGUUCACCAUUAAAAAUCUUCAAGGAAUUUACUAUAAUUUAGAUUCAACAUUUCAUAAACCAUCACAAAUCGGUUCAAAAACUGAUCUAAACAUUACAUUCGUUUUACUAGUCUUCGCAUUGUUUUCUCGAAUGACGAAUCAAUUCAAUAAGGACAAAGAGCCACUUGUUGUGCUCAACAAUGUGAAAACAUUAUCAACUAAAAGUGUCGAACGAUAUUGUCGAAUGUAUGAUAAAGAUCUCUGUUGUUUCCGUCGGAAAACAUUAAGCUAUCAUCCAUGUAUACAUGUUUUAUUCUCAUCUAUGAUAACUGCGAAGAAUUUUCUCAAUGAUCGUCCACAUUAUAUACAGAAAUGUCGAGUGAAUGCAUCGUUACUCAGUGACGCUCGUGAUGGACCUAAUUUUGUUUUUGUUUCAAUUGGUAGAUAUAUACCAAUAAGUGAAGAUAGUCUCUUUGACUAUACAUCGAUUCAUUUCGGUCGUGUCUUGAAUUGUAUUCUCUAUGAUACUCGUGGUUAUGCAUUUAUUGAAUUUGCUCAAGUAAACGAUGCGAAUCGUGCGAUCAGAUCGUCAAAUCAUCAAAUCAAUGGGUAUCCUUUCGAAUAUUACCCUCGAAAUCAUUCAUCGAAAAUGCUUCCUCAGCUCACAUUAACACGACUUGUUCAUAUCGGAAAUUAUCUUCCACAAGAUCAAGAGAAACUCUCGUCGUUUUACUUUCCUCAUUUGAAAACUUUUACAAUUCAUCAAAACUGUUAUGGACAAAUGUAUAUAUUAGGUCUAUUUGAUAUCAACGAUAGUAUUAAAUUACUAUUUCAACGCGCCUUUUGUCUCAAUGGCCGUGUUUUAAAUAUCUUCAAUGAAAAUGAUGAUCAAUUGAAUGAAUGUGCGAAUUAUCUUCUCGUGCGAAACGUUGCUUCUCGUUUAACUGAUUAUAAUUUAUUAGAAUAUUUUUCUCAAUUCGGUCGAGUUCUGAAUUGUCAUCGAUACGGGCAAACGAAUGCAUAUCGAAUACAAUAUCGUGAUCGACAAAGUUUGACACAAGUUUUAGAAUAUAAUCGAAUUCACGCGAUCAAAAGCGUUCAAGUACAAAUCGAACGUGAAUAG